UAUUAGAUGUUGCGACUAUUCUGCAACUGGUUACUGUUGUUCUGUUAUUAUGUCGCCGACGUUACCGACGGCCGCGCUGCGUCUGCAGACAUCACACUCGCCAGUGAGCAGUCCACGCGGUUAACAGUCCUAGUUAGAAUGUACGCACUAUGAAGUAAUUUCUUCUGUUCAAGAAAUUUAAAUAGGAAGUUUAAUUUUGAUUUACAAUGCCUGUGAUAAAUUUGAAGAUUUUUGAUAUCGUCCCAGUGAGAGUGAAUCUCUGGAUAAUGAUAUUUACGAGCUGCUGGGUAGUAUACAUGCUGCGUGUCAACAUGAGCUUGAACCUGAUCGCGAUGGUGCCGCAGCCAGCUAAAAAUAUCUCAUCACGAAAUCAAUGUUCUCCUGACGAAGAAGGAAUACUUAACGAUACGCUACGACAUGCUGAUAUAGCGGAAAUCAAAGAAGCUCCAAGACAGGCUCGGCUUCCACAAAAGCACAGAUGGGCGAUACAGGGUGGAUCAUUUAAUUGGUCUAAAGAUCAGCAGGCAAUGAUUCUCGGAUCCUAUUUCUGGUGUUAUCCUAUUACUUCACUGGUUGGAGGGAUGGCAGCUGAGCGAUGGGGCCCAAGAUAUGUGAUAUUGGUGACAUCCAUUAUUAGUGCGCUGUUAACUGUGAUCAGUCCAGCUGCCGCUAGACUUAAUUACAUCGCUAUCGUUAUAGUACGGUUCUUUCUUGGAUUUGCUGGGGGUUUCAUGUAUCCUGCCCUUCAUGUAUUAGUAGCGCGAUGGGCUCCGCCAGAAGAAAAAGGAAAAUUCAUAAGUGCUCUUAUGGGUGGAACGUUAGGGACAGUUGUGACAUGGUCACUAACAGGUCCAUUAUUGGAUAGGUACGGAUGGCCAUCUGCAUUUUAUGUACCAGCAGGAGUAACGUUUAUUUGGUGCGCUUUCUGGUGGUAUCUUGUAGCAGAUACGCCUUCCGAACACCCUAGAAUAUCAAUAUCAGAGAGAAAAUAUAUUUUAGACGCUCUGGGUGACAAGAUUAAGAAAUCGAAGGGUCUACCUCCAUUCAAGAGUAUUUGUACGUCAUUCCCAUUUUUAGCUAUGAUUAUAUUACACUUUGGCAAUCUUUGGGGAUUGUAUUUCAUAAUGACAGUUGGACCACAAUUCGUAUCCAGCGUUCUCGGUUUUGAGCUAACAGCAGCUGGUGUUAUAUCUGCUCUUCCCUACCUUGCUAGACUUUUCAUGGCUGCUAUAUUUGGAGCUGUUGGAGACUGCAUAUUAGCGAAGAAAUUUAUGACAACAACCGUUAUAAGAAAAUUCUUCUGUCUAUUCUCACAUAUAAUUCCUGGAAUCCUUCUUGUGUUACUGAUGUACACGGGAUGUUCAACUGUCUUAUCAGUAGCAAUGAUCACUAUGUCGAUGGGUUUCAAUGGUGCAGCUACUCUGACAAAUCUUCAAAAUCAUCAAGAUUUAGCACCUAACUUUGCCGGAACCCUGUAUGGAAUUGCCAAUUUUAUAGGAAGUACCGCUGGUUUCUUCACACCCAUGAUUACAGCGUAUUUCACAAGGACUGGGGAUAGUUUCGAUCAAUGGCGCCCCGUUUUCUUCGUAGGAGCAUCAGUUUACGUAGUUUCUGCAAUAUUCUUUAUUUUGUUCGGUACUGGUAAUAUUCAAGAUUGGAAUUUUGAAACCGGAAAAAAUGAUAGUAAAGGAAAAACCAAAACUGAUGAUGCUAAUGAUAUGAAUGACGCUUCUAAAAACGGCCAAAUAAGAGAUUUAAAAGAAAUCCCUACAAGUAUUACAACUCGAACCUAAAGUUAAAAGCUAUCAAUUGAAGUAGCUUCAUCGUAAGAAAACACUUAAAGUAAUAAAUGAUUUUAUAUCUCAUAGAAUAUUAGUUAUAUGAAAUAGAUCUGACUACUUUAUUGGAUAUUAUUAACGAUUUAUUUAAUUAUUAUGUCGGAUAUUGAACUGAAUAUUUUCCUAUAUAAGAUGUAUAAAUAAAUUAUAAUCAUUAGACAAUAUGAAUAGAUAUUAAUUUUAUAGAACUUAGUAAAAUUGCAUUUUUAAAUGUUUCAAAUUGUUAAUUUUAAAUUAUUUCCAGUAUGUGCCUAAUGAAUAUUGAUUAAAAAACUGUAACUGUGAUGUUUAUUACCAAAAAUGUUAUAUAUAUUAGUACCUACUCGUUUCAGUUUAUAUUUUUACCAAUAUUUAUUAGGUAAUUAUCCAGUAGGUUUUAUAAAGAAGGACGUAUACUAUUACAUGACAUUAUUUAAGUCCUUUAUUAAAUAAAAUAAAUUUUACGAAUA